AUGUCCUCUGCCCCACCAACAGCCACAACUGCCCCUCAAACAUGGACGCGGCCGAACAGCGAAUUUUUCAUCUCAAAUAACCCAUCUCUGCUGUCAGUCCAGGCAGUCAAUGAAGCCUUUGGACGGGAAUUCCUCUACUGGGGCAAACCCUUCCCCGAAGACGUUAUGCACCAGAUGCUCCACGGCUCCAUGAGUUUCGGCGUCUACAAAUCCGUCCAACCCCAGUCUGAGGGUGAGCCAUUCUCUCCCACUGCAGAGAAUACCGAGCAGAUCGGCCUUGCUCGAAUGGUCACAGAUGACACUACGUUUGGAUAUCUUUCAGACGUAUACGUGCUUCCAGAAUAUCAGGGCCAUGGACUCGGGAAGUGGCUUAUGAGCUGCGUCUCGGAAGUGUUUUCUAAAGAGAACAUGCCCUAUCUUCGCCGCAUUAUGCUUCUUACUGGUGACAAGCGGAUGCAAGAUUGGUAUACCAAGAUCUUUGGCAUGGAGGUUAUUGCACACGAGCGUCGGCCGGAUAUAGGGCAGGACUUGGUCUUUAUGUGUGCUCGGCCGAAUGCAAAGUCUUGA